AUCCACACCCACCCACCCUCACACAUCCAUAUCAACAGCCAUCCAUCAACACGAAUAGCUGUAGCCAAAGCUACAACCACGUCCACAUCCAUAGCCACACCCACCAACCGCGGCAUCAACACCCUCGCACCCAUUCACACCCACAACCACACCCACCCUCACCAUCCACAUCACCAUCCAUCCAUCUACACGAACAGCUAUAGCCAAAGCCACAACUACAUCCACAUCCAUACCCACCAACAGCGGCAUCCACACCCUCACACCCAUUCACACCCACACUCACACACCCCCACCCUCACCCACACCCACACCCCACACCCACACCCACACCAACAACCACACCGACGCCCACACCCACACUCACACCAUAUCCAACAUUGGUCUUCAUCAAUGAUGUUAUUCACGUUUAUGUUGAUUUUCUACCUAUUGUUGCAACAACAUCAACUGAUGAUGCUUUAGCACUAUUAUUGGCGAUGUACGCUAUAUUUGAAUUAAAUUUUCAUAAAUACAGUCGUUCUAUACGUUUAUUAUAUGCAAUCUUUUUUUCUGAUAAACGAUUUCUAUCCAAUACACUUCGUCAAUUUGUACAGGAUAAACAAAUCGAUAUUUAUUCUGAAUUAAAUCAAAAACAAUCCAUUAACAAAAACCCGAUUGUCAACAAAACCACACAAAGUAACUAUAAUUCUUCAUAUUUCUCAAACGUAAAACUUUUUCAAUCAGGUUUAUCUAUCAUUGAACAAGAAAAUUCUAUAAAUGAAAAUAUUCUCAAAGUAGACUUUGACACCUCUUCAAAUAAGUAAGCACAAUUUUUCUAAAAUCUAGUGAACGAACUUUGCAUCAUUCUUUCAUACAAAUAUAGUGAUAAUAUUGAUGAUUUAUGUUCUACAUCAUUUGAUUCUCCAACACAAUCGAUGAAUCAACAAAAACAACAACAAUCAUUACGUAAUACAACAACACAAAAAAGUUCCAUUACACACAUUUACAAAGAUGAUGAAAAUGAAAAUGAUACUUCAAUACUUUCUCACACGAUGUUACAUCGUGUGCCAAAAGAAACACGAAAAAGAAGACGUCGAUUUUAA